UGGCUCCAGUAGUGAGACGUGAAGGAGAAUCUGCUGAGAUCUUCUGCCCUUAUGAUUCAAUCUAUAAAUCAAAGCCAAAGUCUCUCUGUAAGGGGAAGUGCUCCACUAGAGACAGAAAUCCUCUCAGUGAGACUGUGAGAGAAGAGAAAGAGAGCAAGACUGACAGAUUGACUCUGAAAGAUAACGUCACUGCACGUGUCUUCACUGGGAGCAUCACUGCACUGACAGCAGAGGAUGCUGGGAAAUACUGGUGUGCAGUGACAUUAGAAACAGAGCUCAGUUAUCUUCACACUCAUCUGAUCGUCAUCAUGAACGAGGAGCUGAACUUGACUAAGUAUGAAGGAGACGACGUGUCAAUCCAGUGCAAACAUCAGGAUGCAGAUCAGAAAAGCUUCUGCAAAGCACAUGAAGCCUCCAUGUGUGUGAAGGAUGGAGUUUCAUUGGAGACGAUCAGAGAUGAUCGAUUCUCUUUCAGUGAUGAAGCAUCUACUGGAGUCUUUACUGUGAACAUCACUGAUCUGAGAGAAGAGGAUUCUGGGAUAUACUGGUGUGGAGCUCACGUCAUCACUAAAGUGCAUUUAAAUGUCAGCAAAGAUAAGGAAAGGAAUUUCUCCAUGAUCAUCAUUAUCAGUGUGUGUGUGAUUCUGCUGCUGAUCGGUGGAUUCACUCUGACUGAGUGCAAAUUAAGACACAAUAGACGAGGAAGAAUCUCAACAUCAGACAAGAGAAAGAGGAAGAGAAAUACAAGCAGACGUGAUUCUCUCUCAGAUCCUGGAUCAGCUCAAAUGAACACUCAUGAUGAAUUACCCACAAUCCCCUCUGAUGGGCUCCUGUACGCUGCUGUAAGUUUCCAGAAGCAUGAAGAGUCUCUCAGUGACGCUACA